UUGGAGGACGCCGAGCCCGCGAAUUCGAUGUUCGAAACGCAGAACAACCCAUUUCUCCGGCGAGACAGAAAUAGUUUGCUAAAGAAAAAGAAAAUUUUGACCAAAAUAAAACUGGUGUGUUGCACAUAACUGUACCUAUGGGAGCUCUGAGUAAUUUUGCAUAGCUAUGAAUUAAAAUUGAAUAGAGAAAAGUGGUGAAAAAUCUAUUAGAUGUUUCCGCCCAGUUCGCGGAACUUUACAGUUCGGUGAAAUAGCGUCAUCCACACGGGCCUCAGCUGUUUCCCGCCACCAGAAAUCUUCAGAGUCUUCGCGAGUUCACGCUGUUCGAUGUGAGGUGCAUUUUUUCGGUGGAGAAAAAUCUCACAAUUUUUGUACUAUUCAUCACUUUGACAUAGUGAAUCAGUGUUUGGUGGUUUUCUGUGUGUUGUGAACACGAAAUUGCCCCAAUCGGCUAAUUUCUGUGACCUACAGAAGAACAUUUUCCAAUACCUUUUUCCCCGGGUCAAAAGAGAAAAAUCUAGUGCUUGCGGCGUGUUGUGUGCAAAAUGUCAAUUGUGGGUAACAAGAGUGAUGAAUUUGUUAUGAUGGAGGCUCUCCAAAAGAGCGACGAGAAAUUCAUAAUUAAACAAGAAGACGGUGGAGGUGGUGAACUUCAUAAUACAUCUACAAUGAUUGAUAAUGAUAAAAAAAUGCGACGUCAAAUCGCAAAUAGUAAUGAGAGGCGUCGGAUGCAGAGCAUCAAUGCAGGUUUUCAGAGCCUCAGGCUACUUCUGCCCCAUCAUGAGGGAGAAAAAUUGAGCAAGGCUGCAAUUCUACAACAAACCGCAGAAUUUGUUUAUAAUUUGGAGCAGGAUAAAAGUCGUCUUAUGUCCAACGUAUCCUAUCUGCGCGAGCUCCUUCUAAAGAACAACAUUAACCCAGAUCUACCGACUGUUACUGGUUCAACAGUUUCUACUACGACUGCAACAACAUCCACAGUAUCGGGCAAGAAGCGCAAAUUGGACACUGUGAUGACAAUGCAGACUAUUUCAGAUUCAUCAGACGAAGGUUUGGGUUCCAUGUCUCCGGAACCUCUCACCUUUGUAACAGUAAUGACGAAACCUAGUGGGCCCAUAACCACAACGACAUCAUCGACUACCGCAACUACAAAUAGCAUCCUGGCCAAGGAAGUGGUGGAACUGAAGCAUCAGCUGGAGAUUGAGCGACGCCAAAGGGUGUUGCUGGAAGAUCAAUUGCGACAGGUGGAGUGUCAAGUUUACCCUGAUCAAGUGAGUCGCGAGGAGCACAUUUACCAGCAUCAAGAGGUGAUUGAGCACACUAACAAUUUGCGAGUAGAUGGGAUGGAUAUGGUGGAUGAUAUUGAAGAUGGUGUGGAAGUAAUUGAAGAGGAAGAUGAGGAUAACUCUACAUCAAUGUCCAUAAUCCCCGAGGAUCCAAUUACAAAAUUAUCACUUUCUCAAUUGUCGGAACUACAACAGAGCCAAGAUAUGCAUGUUCUAUCGCUAGAGAGUUUACAGCCAACAGGACAAAAUGUUGUUGUGUGUUCGUCACCAGUGCAUGAGAUAAGUAUUGAAGAGACCCAUGGAUUGUCACCAAGUCGAGUAGUUGUGGAGUGCAACAAAAGUGACGUGGAGAAAGUCGAGAUUAGUACGAAACAACGGCUACAGCCUAUUCUUGAAGCAGUAAUUAAGGCUGAGCCAAAAGUGGAGGUUGAACGUAUCACCAAUUCCCCUGUUAGUUUAACUGUCGUGAAGACUGAGCAGUCAACACAAGCAUCUUCGCCACAAUCGCGGAUGUAUCUCACAUCGACGUCACGGCAGAACUUGGAGACAAUUGUAGAGGCAAUUAGACACCUUGAGGGUGAUCAUUUGUUUGGUGAAACGACACAAGAGCAACCUACGCAGGAGGCGCCUCUUGCACUCACAACACACAACAAGCAGACACAUUUGCACCCACAUCAAUACACUCGAAAAAUCCACGUAGAUGUCAAUCCAUUUCUUCACUUCCGGACAUCAACAAGCGCCACGACGCAGCACCUGCAACAGUGUCGACCUGGUGUGAUUGUUGUGAAGCAAAACUCCUGAUCUGGUGACGUAGUAAGUCAGCGCCAUAGUGGGAUAGGACAGGGAUUGACGGCAGUGGGUGGUGAUGGUAUUGUAUGCGUUGUGGAUAAGUUUUGAUGGAGAGAAGGUACGCGAGAUAUGUGACUAAAUAAUCCUUAAGUAUAACCUUUAUAUUUUUUAUUAAUUAUACAUAAUAUAAUGAAUAUUAUUACUUAUAUAUUUUAUAUAAAAAGUGACCGAAUGUAGCAAAACUACACAUUCAAAUGUGCUUUUAGUCAUUUUUGUAAUUUAACAAUACUACACUGAAAUUCCCCAUCAAAAAGAUGAAAAAAAGAUUACUCUGUGAGUCCCAAAAUUUGCAUUGAAUGCGAUGAAAUCUCUCUUUCAAUAAAUUACAUACUGCAAGAAUUUCAAAUAAAAUCAGGGAUGUGAACUUGAUUAUCUAUAAUUUUUAUAAGUUCCAAUAUAAAAAGCAUGGAUGGAACAGUAUAAAGCGAAAGAACGGUAAGUAAAACUUACGGGCUGUGAUUCUUUCUUUGUCAGUGAAAUGUGAAAUUGACGGAAAAUUGGGGAUGGGCAAAUUUUGAGGAAGGCUUUCUCGCGCACCGAAUCACAGCCAACGCGAAGAAAUUUUGUGAAAAGCCUUAAUCGUGGGCGUUGGCUGUGAUUCGGUACGCGAGAAAGCCUUCCUCAAAAUUUGCCCAUCCCCAAUUUUCCGUCAAUUUCACAUUUCACUGACAAAGAAAGAAUCACAGCCCGUAAGUUUUACUUACCGUUCUUUCGCUUUAUACUGUUCCAUCCAUGCUUUAUUUAAUUUUUAUCUUUGCAGUUUAUAUAUUUUUAUCUUUUAAUUUUUUUUAUGUAUAUUAUGUAUAUAUAAUGUAUAUAUCUAUGCAUUUAUAUAUAUUUUACUUUACAUUUGUAUAUGUAUAUAUAAAACGCCUCACUUCGCGGGGCGCUAGACUUAUGCAACUCAAGAUAUGACAUGUUAACUUUGAAACGCGAUAUCUCCGGAACGGCUACAUAGAUUUUCUUCAUUUUUGGCAUGAUGAAAGAUAUUAUAGCCUGCUAUAACAUAUCAAAAUUUGAAGCAAUUCUAUAAAGCGGUGCUCGAGAUAUUCAUCGAAAACUCAUCGAAAAUUUUGUUUUUUAGGUUAGGCCCCCUAGUGGUCACUUUAGAAACUUCGGAUGUUCUAGAGAGUUGUAGGGUUUGUUGAAAGCUUUCAUUUGAGCCCGAGUUGAUCAAAAUCGGUCAAGCCGUUUUCGAGUUAUGGUCGAUUUUCGAUGAAAAAUUGUGGCGGCCAUAUUGACUAAACGGCUUGACCGAUUUUCGAAAAUGAGGCAUCGUUGGAAAGGUCUUGAUGUCCCCUACAACAUAUAAAAAUUUCAGCCCUCUAGCUAUAAUAGGGGCUGAGAUAUAGCGAAAACAAAAUUUUGGGGUUAUUCAAAAUGGCGGACGGGGGGGUGGAGGGUCGGAUCUGACGUCAUAAUCGGAUGUCUUCCACCCGAUAUAUGAACUUUGCCGUUGACCGCAAGUUUCUAUCUAUUACCGUUCUCUUGCAAUAUUGUGUUAUAUUCCGGCCGGACGGACGGACGGCCGGACGGCCGGACACAUUUUUGGCGCCACCGUUUUUUGGAAUGUAGGGACCCUAAUUCGUGCUCAUCCCAAGUUUGAGCCCGAUCUGACGACUUUGCAUUUUUGAGUGUACACAGAAGCUGUGCUUCUUUGAAGAAAGAAUCACAGCUAAAAAACAAUUUUUAAUUUAUUGCACUUGAAAAGAUAAAGAAAAAAUACAUUAUGAAAAGGAAUGUGCAUGAGCUUAUUCUUUGUCCCCAAACAGGACUGUCAAAAACUCAAACUACAUAACAAUACUGUCAAUUUAUAUAACAUGCAUUUAAACUUUAAACUUUUGUAUUUUUUAUGCAUACAUAUCUAUAUAAUAUACUCAACAGUGCCAAAAGCUACUUACAUACAGAACUUCUUUUUCCGUUUAUAUGCCGGUUGCUGUCUUAUUCUAUUAGUUGGUAUACCACAAUCGUGGCAUACCAAGUAUUGUAAUCAUCGGAAAAACCGCCCACCUCAGAUCGGGUUCAAGCUUAGUAUAAGCACGUUUUAGAUAUCCCACAUUACGAAAAUGGUGGUGGAAAAUUUUUGAUCCGGCCGGCCUGCCGGCCGGCCUUCCGGCCGGCCGGCCUUCCGUUGGUCCAAACUUUGCCUUAUAAUUCGAGAACGGUAACAGAUAGAGACUUCGGGUUUGAAGUUUUCUAUAGAAAUGUGGGUGUAAAAUUUCAUUUUUUCGCAUUUUCAAAAUCCUAGAUGGCCGCCGUCCGCCAUUUUGAAAUACCGUCAACCACUUCCCUUAUAGCUAGAAGUCUGAAAUUUUAGUAUGAUGUAGAGCUCAGUAAGACAUUUUCAUCAACAAAUCAUACUUGAAAAUCGGUCAAGCGGUUUAGCAAAUAUGGCGGCCUAAAGCAAAAAGUGUUUUUUCGAUAUAACUCAAGAACGGCUUGACCGAUUUUGACCAUCUUGGUAUCAAAUGAAAGGUUUCAAGAAGCCCUACAACUGUCUAGAACAUUUCAAGUUCCAAAAACAUCCGCAAGAGGCGCUAAAAUCAAAAACAAAAAUUGCCUAACUUUAAGGGGCAAUAUCUCCGAAUCCCCAUUAGGCAAAUCUUUUAAAUUUUGAUAUGUUGUAGCAGGACUAAUAAUCUUGCACCAGUCCGAAAAUGAAGAAAAUCUAUGUCGCCGUUUAGAAGAUAUGGCCAUUUGAAAAAUUCUUGAAUUUGAAAAGUUCUAAUAGCCAUAUCUCUUAAACGGCUUGUCCUAUUUGGCUCAACUUGGUAUCAAAUUAAAGGUUUUGCAAAUCUCUACAACUUUCUAGAACAUCAGAAACCUGUAGAACCAUUCCAUGAGGACAUAAAGUGCAAAAAAAUGUUUUGGUCAAACAAAUAUCCGCCAUUUUUGUUCUAGAUGUGACCUUGAAAAUUACUGAUAUAUAUGUCAACUUAUAGCUUGUUUCAAGACCUUUCCAAAACUAGUCAAGAAAUUUCUGUAAGUCUUAUAGAACUUCAGAUAUGAGCAUUUUUAUCUUUCAUAUUGAUGAAUAUCAUAAAAAAAUCAACUUUGCCUACUAAUUCUGCUCACAAAUUAAAUUACAACGCAUAAACUGACCCAUCCGCGUUGUGGUAUACCAACUCUAAUAACUGGACGCGUUAUGAUUGACUUUCUAAUACAAUAUUUUUUUGAUUAUUGACAAAGUUCUGGUUUUUUUUUCCUGCAAUUUUGAGAUCAAUUAACACGCUGACUCUUUCAAUUCAAAUCUAGUUUACCUAAACUACCAUUACAUACCUUCUAUUGUAUUACAUAAUUUGGGACAUAAAUAAAAAAAUGACAAUUUAUAAUUUAAAAAAAAAAAUGUAUACGGGAACAUGGUCUUAUUCGGACUCUAAAACAUUCGUUUAAAAUGGAUGAAAAAUGAUAUUUAAUAUCAGGGGGAUGCCCAACCCCGAGAAAUCAGUACUUUUCGUGAAACAUCCGUUGAUACUGAUCAGACGAAAGGAUUAAUUUAUAAAAUUCCACUUGCAAUCGAAAGUACAUUUAAUUAGCUUUCGAUUAAUCCCUAUCUCAUCAUCCGGAUCGACUUAUUAAUAAAAAAAAAGUUAAAGUGUUUCUCGGGAAUCGGUCGAGAUUGAUCGAGAUUCGAGAAUUCUUCAUACAUUUUGCUCAACAAAAAGUCAAAUUGUUUCACAUAAUUGAGAUUAAACCAUCCCCUUGUUAAAUAUAAAUCAAUAUCCUUAAAUUUGCUACCAUUUAAAAGUCCAUUUUAAGUAAUAAUGGAUUAAAAAACACUAAAAGUUCAAAUUGGACCACGUUUGCCUAUGGAAUUUUAAAACUUUAUUUUAUCGAAUUGUUAUUUCGGUUCAUUUUUUUUUAAUUUUAAUGACUAACCAAUGCAAUUUAUUGUGGUGAAAAAUUUUAUUCCUUAAACUAAAUUUGAGCUCAUCUUUACGGUUUUUAAAUGCACAUAAAAUCUGUGCCCUUUCAGAGUAAUUAUAACAGUUAAAUAUAAAAAAAAUAAUCAAGUUCAAGAAAAUGCUGAAAAAUUUUCUAUUUCGCGAAGAUAUUCAAGUUCACAAACAUCUCGGGAUUAAAAUCAUAUUGAAUUCAGUUAUCCCAUGAAAGAACGGAAAUUUUAAACCAUGUUUCUGUACCUAAUAUUGAAUCUACGAUUGAUAUUAGGUUUUUAUACAUAGAGGGAUGUAAAAAUUGUUAUAUAAACUCAAAAUUCUAUAACUAGGUUUUCGUAUUUGAAUCUUCUACAACUAAUAAAGACCAUUGUCUUGAAGUAAAUAUCGAGUACAAUUGAACAGUUUUUAUUAUAACUAAUGUUUAGACUAAUUCACAGCUUGAUUAAAAGUUUUCCACUAUAUUUUUUAAAAAAAAAAGUUACUUCAAAAUCCUCUUCAAUAUAACGUACGAAUCGGAUUUAAGAAUUUGAUUUUCGUCCCACUAAUUUUCUGAUUUCUUUUUUUCAGUGGGUAUGAUUUAUAUGUAUCAAUGUCUAAAAGUCUAGUUAAAUCCUAUGAGGAAUUUAUUUUUAUUUACAAUAAAAUAAUUUUACAUCCCUCUUAUUUCUUUUCCGUUCUCAACGUUGUGAAAUUAAAAUCAUAUUUUGACUUCUCCUUUUAAUAAAAAUUUGUUAUGUUUUGGUCGAGAAAAAUCAAGGCUUGAAAUCCUUGAAAUAAAUUUAUUGCGACCGAUUUUAAGUAAAAUUUAACUAAAAAAGAAUUGAGCACAAUAUUUAAAGUUAUCCGUGGUCGCACAUAUGCCUAUUUUCGCAACAGGUUAAACCUGACCGUCUAAUUCUUUUAAAUUGAUAAUCCCGGAGAAUAUUGCUGCAAGAAAUUUUCAGGCAAAGAAAAUGACAUUAAACAAAAUUCGUGUUUAGAUAGCAAAAUUUAAAUUAAAUGUAAAACGUAAGGGAAAAAUAAGUACAAGUAAAUCUAUAUUAUACAAUUGGCGAUUUCACGCUCUAAAAAGAAUUUUAGGCAAAUAUUUACUUUGUUUUAAACAAAAUUUCAUGGAAUAAUGUAUUGGAAAAAAUUCAAAUUGUACAAAAGUUGUAUCAAAUUUCGAUGUUAUGAAGAUAAACAUUCCAAAAAAAAAUUAAAUUAAUUCUAAAUUGCUUAAAAAAAUAUUCAAAAGUAAUUUCAAUUGGAAACAUUUUCUAAAUGAAUGUUAACACUAAUAUUACUCAAUAAAAUAUUUUCUUAUUGGAUUGAACAACCCUUUUUCGAACUUAAUAAGAUUGAGUUGUUUUCUUUUUUCUAGGCAUAAAUAACAAAGUAAAGCAAUAAAUCCGGGAAAUUUAAACCGGCGGUCAAAAAAAUAAAAAAAAGAAAAUAAUCAGAAAAUUUUAUUCAAAAAUUAAAUCAAGUAAAUUAAUUUAUUUAAUAAAAUGUUUUGGCGCCAUGAAUUUAGAUCUCUUAACUGAUUAUCUUAAUAAUUGUAAUAAAUUGUGAAUCUCCCAGGUAUAUUCUAAGUAUAAAGAGGUUUAAUUGAGUUUAUCUAAUGUUACAAAAUUGCAAUGUAACUUUUAUAAUAGGUAAAUAUUUGUAUGAACAAUAAUUUACUUUACAACAUAAUGUACAAAUAUUCAAAAAAAAAUGAAAACGAAAUAUAAUCCAACCUGAUAUAAAACAUUUAAGGAAUGUGAAAAUCAUUCAAUAUAAGGAAUAUCGACAACUCAAUUAAUGCAUCAAAUUCUAUGAUUUUUUUCAUGUGAAUUCAAUUUGUCCAUUUACUUCUUUUCUUAUGUCAAACAAAUUACAAUUCGAUUCUUUCGAAGUUCAUUUUUCACAAAAAAAAGAACGGCAGAUUUAUAAAUUAGUUUAAAGAAAGUUUUUGAGAUCUACCAAUUUACCAGACAACGCAUUGUAUACUGAAUUUUAUACACAUACGAAGUAAAAAAAAAUACAAAAAAUUAAUUUAUUAAUUUCUAUGAAAUUUUCUAAUUAUUUUACAUUAAAAGAAUGUAUUUUUAUUUAUAUAUUUUGAGAUAAAGAAAUAUUUUUUAAUUUGCAAUAUCAUUGAUAUAAGAUUUUUCAAAAAUAAUAUCCCAUAAUACAGAAAUGAUUUUUUAACAGUAUAUUUGAUAGCAUGUUGAAUAAGGUAGUUCAAAAUACUGUUUAUUUUUUUUUGGAAAGAAUUAUAAUUUUUUAUUGUAUCAAUAAUGGAAACUUCAAAAUAAUUUGUUUGACAUAAACUUCUAAAAAAAAUCUUUUCAUCGCUAAUAAGGUGUUUCUUGUAAAGAUAUAUUGACAAAAAACGAUAAAUAUUUAUAAAAUAUCCACUUAAUGUAAUCAUAUUCAUAAGUAGGGGAGGACGGGGUAAUUUGGCCACUUUGGCGGUUUUUGGGAUAUAUCAAGCAAGUAUGGUAGUAUGAAGAAAACCAAAUAGCCCUAUUUUGUAGGAAAUUUUCCGGCCUACAACUUCCCCAUAUAACACUUUUCUCUAUCUCGAUGAGAAAUGGGUGAAUUUUCCAUUUUCCUGGACCCUUAGCUUAGUGUCCAAAUUACCCCGAGCACGGGUAAUUUGGACACUUUGGCGCACAAAUUAUUAAACAUGAAAAUUUUUGAACAAUAAGAAAAUUUUAUUUUUUCGAUUAUUUUUUUGGAAGAUAGGUUAUUUAUCUAAGAUUCAUUUCCAGUAAUUUGCCAGAUAAAAAUAUUUAACAGAGCCUCAAACUUUAACAUUUUCUGAACCAUAAACGGGCAAAGUCUAAAAAAGGCCAUUUUUCAAAUUAUCGUAAAUUUCUUUUUUUAGAUAAAAUUUUUUAUCCUACUUUGCUUAUAAUCUGUAAGAAAACAUUAAAAGGCACAACCACAAUAAAUAUCUUAAAUGUGCGCCGGAAAAUGUGCCGGAAAAACUCAAGUGACCAAAUUACCCCACUCCAAUUUUCCGGAAAAAACCAUUUCCACAGGAAAAUCUGUUUGAGAUAUUGGAAAAUGGAUGUUACUAUCGUAUUUAUGAUGGAUCAAUGACUCUUAAUGGCUUAAAAGUUAAUUUUUAAGUGUUAAAAAUUUUUCGAAAAUGACGUAGAUUCAAAAUGCCAAAAGCACUUGAAAAAGUGAAAAAAUGUUUUUUAUCAAAUAAAAGAAAAUCUAAUGAUCGGAUUUUCCUCAAACUUGGUACGAUUGAUUAUCUCUAUGUGGAGUAUAAACUGUGAAGAAAUGGAUUUUCUAGCAUUUACCAUACUUGAGAUAUUCCCAUUAAUGACUUUGCCAAAAUGACCAAAUUACCCCGUCUUCCCCUACAUCAUUGUACAAUGAAAAGAAGUGAAAGAAAUAAUUUAAAGUCAGGUUAUACAAUAUUCCCCCAAAAAAAAACUUACAAAGUACAGAAUAAGUUAAUUGUUUUUUUUUUAUUUUAAAUUUUGUUCCUCUUUUUGUAAAUACUGAUUCCUAUAAUAAUAAUUCAUAGCUACAUACAUAUAAUAAAAAUAAAACUUCACUAUUAAGAACCCAGUUUAAAUUUACUUUAUAAUAAAUAUUUGUUUUAAAUUUUUUCAUAAACUAAUAAAAUAUUUGGUGAUGCAUUCAGUACACGUAAAAAAAGCUCACACUUCGAUAAGGUAAAUAUCCCCUUUAACCAGAAAAUCCAUUAAAAAAUUAUUAUUUAUACAAUUUCGCAUACCUAUAUAGAGACAAAGACAUAAAAAACAUCGAAAUUGUUUGAUCUAAAGAUUUUUGCAUAAUUUAUCGUCAUAAAGUAUAUUUUUAUGGGUUCUAAGUGAAUAUCCCCAUUGUAUUGAAAAAAAUUAUAAUCAUCUUCAUGAUAGUUUUAUAAUUUAUUAAUUUAAAUUACACAGAUUGUGAGAAAAAUGAAAAAGGACUUUAGAUAUAUUAUUAAAUGAAAUAUUAUGAAAUAAAUAUUAUAGUAAUAACAUGUAGAUUUUAAGGAUUGCCCAAACAACAUUGAAAACGUUUUAAUGUCAUUACUACCUACAAUUUUAUUAUUAUUUCAGAGGUUUCCAAAUAAUUUAGACUCUUUCAUGUACUUUUCUUCAAAUUUAAGGGGUGGAUUUAACUGUGGCAAAUUGGUCUAGCAAUAAACCAAUAUAUCAAACGGCAAUUCGUUGUCAGAACCAAGUUCGAGCUUGAUCUGUCAAAGAAAAUUUACUCUCGAACAACAAUUAAUUUAAUAUUAAUUCAAAAUGAUUUAAUGUAAUUUUUAUAGUUUAAAAUAACUUCAAUUAGAUUAUUAGUUGGUGUUUUACUUUGUGGCGAACACCAAGUAUUGUAAUGACCGGAAAAUUUUCAUUAAAACGCUUUCAAAAUUACUGGUAUAGCAAUCGUUCUUUUUUUAAAAUUAUAUUGAUAAUUCACAAUAAAUCUACAUUUUGCAAAAUAUACUAAACUUAUUAAGAAUAAAAAUAUGUAAAAAAAAAUAAAAAAGAAAACGAACUACUAGCCAAUAUUAAUUAGUUUAGAUACCUACAUUUUUAGAAAAAAAAAACUAAAAAGGGGACUGAAGAAUUUUAAUAAGAGGAAAGGAAAUUGGAAAUUUAUUUUUACCUUUAUAUUUGGAAACGUGAUAAUGAUGCAAAAAUUAAUUAAAAAGUAAUAGAAUGGUGGAUAGAGUGGAUCUAUAAAUUUUUUAUAAAAGUGUAAGAAAAUAAAAUGCAAAAAAAAGAGCAAAGUGAUCUAAAUGGUUACAAAAAUUUGAUUUACUUGCUAAGAAUCUUGCCUUAUACCUACUACAAGAGGGUGAGAUGAAUUACUGAAUGAAGAAUUUAUAGUUCCAAACUUUCCUUCUAAUAGUUAAGUUAGAGAGAGAAAAAACUGAUGAAGAAAAAUUUCCAAUUUUCUUAUUUUUUUUUAAAGUAAUUUUAGCCUUUUGCUUUGUCUUGCUUUGAAAACAAAAAAAAAAGCUAGUGCAAACGUUAUGUUAGUUGGUAUUUUAGUAAAAGAUAAAGACUACUGUUGUAAUUUCAUUAGCUCUUGGUUGAAGCCAUGUUGGAAAGGUCUUGAAAUGUUUUAAAACAUAUUAGUAACCUUUACAACAUACAUAUCUGUGAAGAUAAGACUUUGAGUUAAAUUAGAUGUGAUUAACUGUAAUCUCCAUACCACUGGCCACUUAAAGACAGUUUGUAAUAAUAGGAAAAGGUAUUUGUUUAGAUCAAGUUUAAAUCCGAUCUAAAGUGGACAGAUGUUGUAAUGAUUACUGUAGUAGGUGGACCUAUUUAAAAUUUUAACUUUUGUGAAAUACCAACUAAAUCGAACGUAAAAAAUCUCUUUUAUAAUCAACUCCUUUUGUUGCAAAAGAAUCUUGGAAUUCAACAUAUUAUUUAUUGACAUUAUGUGAUUUUACAUUAUAAUUGAUUUUUAGAUUUUUAAGUUAAAAACUAUAUCUAAAAAACAAAUUAUAAUACAUUAUAGAUAUAUGAUUUUUUAUAUACAUAGGCAUAUGUAAAUAUUAUAGUAUAUGAUGUCACUAAAUGGUGAAUGAACAAAAGUUUAGCCAUUACGGUAUACGCAUAUUAGUUUGAAAAAUUAAUAUCUGUUUUAUUUCCUUUUAUUCAAUUUUUAUUUGAAGAGGUAAAUGAAAAGCUUAUUAUGUUCUGUUAUCGAGAAACUCUUUAAUUUUCUAGCGUGUAUUUAACAGGAGGAGUGUUUAUGCUUCAAUUUUAUAAAAUUUGUGGACUUGUGAAUGAAAGUAAAUUUAAUAAAAAAUGUACCAUUAUUUGUUAAUGAAAUAAAAAAGGAUAAUGCAUAAUUAAGAAUAUUACAUAAAAAAUAUUAUAUCUACUAUUGUAUAUAGAGAUCAUCCCCUCAUUCAUCAUUAAAAUAUACCUACAUACAAAAUUUAUAAUAAUCAUCUUAUCAAUUUUGUUUUGCAAGAUUAUUUAUACAACAACAAAAUUUUACCCAGUAUCUGGAAAAUUUAACUGAAAAGACGAAUAGUGUUGCAAACAAAAAAUGAAAUUAUAACUUCAUUAACCUGGAUAUUGAUUUUUUUUUAGAAUUUCAUAAAGGUUUGUCAUCGUGUAGUCAAGAUAAUUUGAAAUCAAUAUUUCUGAGAUUAGAUCGCGAAUAGACAUGAUCUUAGAACUUGGUCGUACUACAAGCAAUUGAACUGUCUGUACUGAUUUCAGUUCAUUAAACAAUAAUUAAAAGGAAUUGAAUUCUUUUGAAAAUUUUGAAUCAUCUGUAAAUCUUCUCGGAGAUCUCAUUUCAAGACAGUUAACUGUAGGACUAAAGAGGUCGAAACUCCUCAACGGAGAAGACAAAAAUAUUAUUAUUCUUUCCAGUGUGAAGACAUUAAUUCUAUUGUCAUAUUCAGGUUAAUGGAAAAAUAUAGUCAGUAUUCUACAUAAUUGAGAAAAUAAUCUUGCAUAGCAAAACGUCGUACAUAUUUUCAAUAAUAUGGCAAACUUACUUUUCUUUGCAACACUUUUGUGAAAAGUUGCAAAAAAAAGUGGUUUAAUCCUUAAAAACUAAUAACAAGAAGCAUAUAUCUACUUUGUAAAUUUUUAUUUGAAGAAAAAAUCAUUAAAAGUUUCAUUGAUAAUAUUUAUAAUGAAAAAUAUUAUAGAAAGAAAAGUCACAUUGUACUACAAAACUUGAUUUUUACUACGAUAUGUUAAUUGUAAUUAAAAGUAAAUAAAAUUAAUAUGGAAUAGUCAA